CUUCGCUCAAAAAUUCUUAGUCGGCCAUGGCGGUUGUUCUUCCCUCGAACUUCCAGAGACUCUUCUCUCCAACAGAAAUCGCGUGGUUUCAAUCCGAGUCACCGUCUUCCCGUCCCGUCAAGACAUCACUGACAGUCGGAGGCACUCGCCGGGGCUUACCCAUUUCCAUCAAAACCCCAACAGAAAAGGGCAGUCGCCGGAGCUCGGUCCUCGUUCGCGGCGGCGCCGACUCCGACCGAAAUAAUGUACAAGAAGAGGAGGACGAGUACAAUUUAGGAGUUAAGGCUGCUUUGUCAGUGUUGAGAUUCUACAAAAGGGAAAUAUCGCCGGUGCUGCCGAGGAGUUGCCGAUAUGUGCCGACGUGCAGCGAGUAUUCCAUGGAAGCUUAUAAGAAGUACGGAUUCGCCAAAGGCACCGUCUUGACCACCUGGCGUAUCUGUCGCUGUAAUCCUCUCGGCGGGUCUGGUUUUGAUCCUCCAAGGUGGUUUGGGGAAGAACCUCCUCCCAAAGAAUGAAAAGGUUUCCAGUCUGCUUCGUUAUCAUAGUUCUGAGUUAAGCAUGUAGUCAGUUCAGUUCAGGACCAUUACUCGUUAGUUUUCCCUUUGUUUCUUUGUUUAUUUACAUAGGGAAUCAGGCGUGCUGAUGUAUCAACGUGCACUCGGCUCUGUAAAGAACUGCAGAAAAUGGUUGAUUGGUUCUAGGGAAAGUUAGCUAAUGAUCUCAAUGUGCAUGUGAUGGAGCAGGCGAUGGUCUUCUUUAAUCCACCAACCAAAUCAUGUAUUCGUGGGGGAUUUUCGCAUAAGGAAUUAAGGACCACUACUUUGAGACUGUUCUGGAAACUCCACACAUCUGUGCUCUCUGAUAGGUUAAUUUAACACAGUAAACUCCACAAUCCUGC